CAUCUCCUAACUCAUACAUCCAACACACAAACUAUUUUUUUAUAUUCAGAGAAGAGAAAGAAAAAAAAAAUGAAUUUCAUCUCCGAGCAAGUUAAGAAACUCUCAAGCUCGAAACCAGAGGAGCCAGAACACAACAAGCCUGUUGCAGCCGAAGGAACAGAAACAGCCACAAGACCAGCUUCCAACGCCGAGCUCAUGGCGAGUGCCAAGGUCGUUGCCGAAGCUGCUCAAGCCGCAGCUCGUAACGAAUCAGACAAACUUGACAAAGGUAAGGUCGCCGGAGCCUCCGCUGAUAUCUUAGACGCCGCCGAGAAAUACGGUAACUACGAUGAAAAGACUAAAACUGGUCAGUACCUCGACAAGGCCGAGAAGUAUCUCAACGACUACGAGUCGUCACACGCCACCGGUACCGGCGCUGGUGUUCCUCCUCCGACGACGACUCAGGCUGAGCCAGUAAGUCAGACUGAGCCGGUGGCUAAGAAAGACGGUGAAGAGUCUGGUGGUGGGCUUGGAGGUUUUGCCAAGACGGCCCAAGGUUUCAUGAAGUGAUUUGAUCUUUUAAUUCUUGUCUAAUAAUAAAUUAAAUAACUUUAAGCAUCGUUUUAUGUUAGUAUGGGGAGUGACGAGUGAGUGUAAUAAUUAAAUUCAGGUGAUCAUAGUCUAGUGUCCAUCUGUGUUGUUGUGUUUAUGCUUAUUCUCCCGUUUCUUUAAAUUCUAUGUGUUCUAAAAGUUUUUUUAAUUUUCUAUGUUAAACUAGUGUUUCAUUUCCUGAUUCACACUACUAAAUAAUUAAUAAAGACAUGAGAUUUGGUAUU